AUGUUCAAGUUGGGUGGCCAGCCAUGCGGCUCUCCUGACCCUUGGUACUUGGGAAAGACAAAAGCAUUUCUCAACUUGUCCGUCUCUUGUCGUGCCGCAAGUCUGGGUCAGGAGCCCACGGGCACUCUAACGUGCGUCGGGACUGGCGCCAACAAGACCUGGGAGAGCCUGUUAGCGCACGGGCGCGGUCUGGCCCAAGGAGGGCCGGAGCAAAAGACAAAGCCAAAAAUCAAAGACAACCCUUUCCCCCUUUGCCCAAGCUCGCCGUUUGUGAAGGCCAAUCGCCGUUACUAG